AUGGGCAUACUAGGUGACCGGCAAGAGCUCUAUUUCUCCACUGAGCAUGAUGAAUGGGAGAUCAGCUACCAACCUCGCCUUGGGCUCCCAUUAACAAGCUACAAAGAAAAGUGGGAAGCCUUGAAACAGAUAUCACCAUCCUCCACAGCUCCAAUGGAGCAAGGGCUAUUAGGCACAGCAAGCCGCCCCCUUCGACGCUUACAAUACCUUGCGGAAGAAUACCUCACAUCAUCCCCUGGCCUUGACAGCAGCAGUGCAAAUAUUGCAUUACUUGGUGGUCUUCGGAGUGCCUUAGAUGGUAAAAGCUUGACGAAGGAAAAGACUUUUCAGCUGACAGAGACCACCGUUCACCGAUUAGGCGCAAUGCACGAAGCAGAAUAUCUCCGACAGCAGGUAAGAAUCUACUACUGA